CAAAUCAACUAAGCAAACAAUGGACUCUUCCCAAAUUCGUAAUGCAACAAAUCCCUAACAAAUCCUUGGGUUUUUAAAUUAAAAACCUUCAUUUUCAAAUCCAUAAACGGCCCCUAAAUAAUGAAGAUGGGCCUCAUAUAAGCCCUAUGGAAUCACUUUUACAUAGUGUGGGCUUGAAUAUGAAGAAAGAAGGAUUUAUGGGCUUAGAUGAGCACUCUGAUACUUACUUUGUGGAUUUUGGAAAAGGGGGCGGACAGUCAUUAGGCUAUGGCUACUACGCUAGCCACGUGGAUAAGGAAGAAUUCAUUAGAGUCGGAGUUGCUGGCGUGAGAUACGUUCGAGUAGUGGAUCACGAUUGGAAGAAAAGAAAGCGCAAGAAUGGAGGAGGCAAGACGUGGAUUGCACGGUAGACUUGAAGAAAUGGGUCAAACUGAUCAACCUUGAGGGCAAGGUUGGUCUCAAGGGGGAUGGGAUGUUAGAAACACGUUUUCUAAGAAAAACGAGUUUCUAUAUUAUCAUUAUUAUUAGGUUUUAUUAAAUAUGGUUAGUAGUCUUUUAGUAGAAUUAGGUUUAGUAUUAGGUUUUCACAUCUUUCGUUAUAAAUAUGUACUUUGCGUUUUAUUUAGAAGAAAGCAAGGACAAUUAUGCAUAAAAGUAUCUCAAACCUGAAUCUCUCCGAAUUUCGUCACCUAUCCCUAGGCCGUCGGCCAUUCUUCUCCUCGAUCCCCAAUUUCCUCUUCUAAAUCUCUAAUCCCCAAUUUUGUUCUUCCCCAAUUCUAUCUCAAUCCCUAAAUAUCUAUCAAUUCCCAAUCUCAUCAAUCCGACCGUUAGAACCCUAGAAUUAGGUUUCUAACACAUUAGAGAACUGAGAAUGUGCUUUUCUUAUAUGUGAAAUUCGAGUUGCCUGAAUGUAUACUUUAUCUAUGAGCCAGCUUCUAACAGACCUUCCAGUUCAAGGUGUCAUAAACCCACAAUUAAACCUGUAGAUGGGUUUACUUCACGGCCUGAUUUUCUUCAAGUCAUUGUCACAAAAUAUGCGGAAAACACUGGUCUGGUAGGUUGCCGCAAGCAAACAAUGCUUUGUUCUAUUGAUUCAUCUAGUGCAAACAACUGAAGAUGAUGUUUUUUUCUCUUUUGCAGAAGAUGCAUGGAGGGUUUGUUCAUAGGCACAUCACCAACUGGAAUGAGAAUAUGGUGGAGCUUAAACUUAGAGAAGAAACGUGGUUCGUGAAUAUUAUGUCACGCCAUGGUGUUCCUACUCUUUGAGAAGGGUGGUGCCGAUUUGUGCGUGAUAACUCUCUGAAAGCUGGUGACACAUGUAUAUUUGUGGGCACUGCCAUGGAACAUGUGCUCCAAGUUCACAUUUUACGUAGAUGAAUGAUGCUUGUGAAUUGGAAAGUUUGAAACAUCUGUUAGAUUGAGUAUCAAUGUAUCAUGGUAGGCUAUGUAAGGACUCCAUUUAGAUCCUGACCUUGUCACUAAUUCUAGGAUGUUGAUGUUAGGGGAUGUUUCUGGUAAUGUUAUAUGCACUUCUAUUGGUUGACAUUCAUCUGCAACGUGUUUCUGUAGAAAGAAUCAGUUAUACUAAUAGCCAUUUCGAUAUGUAGAGCAAGAACAUUCCCUGCCAGUGAUUUUACGAGUAAUAUUUCUUCUAGGGAUGAGUCGUGGGAAAGAUACAAAUGCGGAUCGGCUGAGGCAACAGUGCUUUUCUUCCAUUGACGAUCAAGCUUUCUUGAAGACCUCUUGUCGUUGAUACACAGAUUAAUUCCCUAAAUACAGUAAUAAUUAAAAAUAAUUCCCAGAAUACAUAACUUUUAUAAAAAAUUCCCAAAAUACCAAAGUUUGACACGGUUCGAGUUCAACAAACUCGAACUAGUACCAGAUCGACUGCCAACAAAUCGAUCCACGUGCAUCGAGGAUGGAGGACUCGAACAGCAGGACCUGGAUCGGCUGCCAACAAAUCGAUCCACGUGCAUCGAGGAUGGAAGACUCGAACAGCAGGACCUGGAUCGAUGACCUGGGCAGCGUUCCACCCUAGAUCGAUGUAUCGGGAAGUGAUCUAGGCCGUUCGAUUGCUUAACCCGCGAUGAAGUGGUGACGCGGAUCGAGUGGGGAGAACUUGAUGCAGGUGGAUCGAGCACCUGGGAAUCGUUCUGCUUGACGCGGAUAGAUGACGUCAGACCCGCUCCGUCAUAGAUCGAGUUUGCAUAACUCGAUCUGGUUCGUUCGAUUUGACAACAAUCGAACUCCUUUUGACGCGGAUCGAAGGCAGCAAAAUCGAUGUCGUGGUUCGAGUCCCCUAAACUCGAUCCACCUCCUCCCACUGAACCUAUAAAUACCACCUUCCAUU